CAAGGCAGGGGGAGCAAGGAUGGGGAAGGGCGUUCGAGGAGUAUUUUGGCUGAUGAAUCUCUAGUGACACCUUGUGGGAUGUUUCACGGAAUCGCCUUCAACUCUUUUGGGGAAGGAAUAAACUGCAAGGCUUGUGCAAAAAGCUGCCCGAAUAGUGAAAUGCACUUAAAGCACUGCACUCACCUAUAAUUAAAAAUAAACUAUACAGAUGGAAGCACUGGACCAGCUGAGCCUGAGAAAGGUAGAAAGGGGUCUCUAACACCUGAAUCUAUGAGUCAGUCCAGAGAACCUUUUCUAUUCAAAGGCUUUCCACAAAAUUCUACUGUCAAACAAUAACAGCUUUACAAAGGGAUUCACUGUGAGGAGUUCAAAAUGAAGAAGAAAGAUGCAGAGGAUUGCAUGGAGCUGUGCCCCGAUCAGUCUGUUGAGAUGGAAAGGUGUGAAAGCAAAGAGCUGGAUGUUGAAAUAAGAAACCUGAUAGGGAAGAGCAGCACUUUGGAGUCCUGUGAGGACCCCAAACCUCUUGCCCAAGAGAGGCUGAGCCCUCAGAGAACUUCGUGUUCCCUUAAGAGCCACGGUGAAGGAAACGCUCUAGGCUGGCUUGGAUGCACCUGGGCAGGUGGGAGUGACAUGGAAGCUCCAGCAGAACCAUUGCAGUCAAGGCACACAUUACUGAGCAAAAAGAAGCCUUUAUCUUCCAGUUCUCUGGAGCAACAGAUCUUCACACUGGAAAGACAGAGACGAGAGCUUUUGGAGGUGAACAAGCAAUGGGAUCAUCAGUUUAGAAGUAUGAAACAGCUUUAUGAAAAGCAGCUGACAGAGAUGAAGGCAAAGCUGGACGUGUCGGAGAGGAGAGUGAGCGAGCUGGAGCGGGAGAGGCACCAGCAGCAUCCGGAGGAGGGGAGGUGGCAAGUGCUGGGCAGAGAGAGGCUGCUGCAGGAAAAGAAAGAUACAGAGGUCCUUAGUGAAGCUCUCCAUGAAAUGAAGGAAGAGAACAGGCUCCUGAAGCAGAAGAAUGCUUCCAUGACCAGGAGGAAGGAAUACUAUGAGAGUGAAAUAAGUCGUCUCAACAAGGCCCUUCUGGACGCACUGAAAAAGCAGCAGCCACCAGUUGUUGGGACUCCUCCAGGGAAGGGUGACAGGAACAGCAUUGAGGAGAUGAGAACCCAACUUGAAGUUCUUAAACAGCAGGUCCAAAUAUACGAGGAAGACUUCAGGAAGGAGAGAUCUGACCGGGAGAGGCUUAAUGAGGAGAAAGAAGCAUUGCAGAAAAUUAAUGAGAGAUUGCAAUCUCAACUGAGUAAACUCAGCUCUCAGACAAAAAACCUCCCAGUACAGCCUGAGAGGCCCAGUUACCCAGCUCCACUCUUCCUCUCCCCAUGUGUCACUUAUGGGGGUUGUGGGAUGGUUCUUCACUGUCCGGAUCCUCGGGCACAUCCAGUGCCUCGCAGGGCACAGAAGCAGCAGCAGCAGUGCUCGCCAGACUAUCAGUGGUAUGUUCCUGACCAGCUUCCGCCAGAUGUGCAGCACAAGGCAAAUGAUUCCUCCCUGGAGAAGGGAGCCCAUCGCUGACAGCCUCCAGCCUGCAGGAGAGUAAACCAAAGGCUGCAAGGGACUCUUGCAACUUCAUUAUUCUGUUUUCUUCUGGGGUUUUUUUGCUCCUAGCUCCUUAUCUCUUCAGUGUAUGUGAUUUAUAUCUGGUAAAAUCCCUGUGAGGACAAUAGAAAAGCAGCUCAUACAGGCUGGUGAUCCUCAGGAUCCAGUUAAACUCUGCUGGGAAGCGUUACUGCCCUUUGUUCUGAAGAUGCUGUUUGUGCUGCCUUGUGAGAAUCUCUUUAGAAGCCUGAUGAGAAGAGAGGCAGUUCUUGCUGAGGAUUCAGACUGUCACAUCUGGUUUGGAUUCAAGAGCUUACAAGCCCAAUAGUGGUGUGAUUUUUUUUGGUGGUUGUUGUUUGGGAAUGAUGAGGGUUUUUAUUUGAUUCCAGGGAAUGGUUUGUUGAUUGAUCACCUUGAAUUCUGUCUUCUCCUUCUUGCUAAAAGGAAAAUCUGCUUCACUGUUUAAACUCCUUUGUGUAAUUGUGAUCAGGGUACCACCUAUGCCAGGCCAGGUAAAAGGUGCCCACCUCCCCUUUUGAGUCCAGGUCAGAUCUCCUUUUGUUUUGGCUCUCAAAUUACAUGUAAAGCAUAACCACAUGGGGUUUUUUUUUGUAUGUGUACUUAUUUAUAUUGCAAGAAUUUUAGUAGGAAUAUUGAAUGGGUUUAACUUCGCGGUGAAUAUGGCUUUAUAUUUCCAAAUUAUUCUUGUAAUGAAU